AUGCCUCCGCGGCAUCAGACUUUGCCACCGGCGCAGACUUCCUCUGCUCGCGAAGCUCUUCAGUCCUUCUAUUGCAGCUUGUGCUCCAAAGGCUACUCCCGCAUGAAUGAUUACGAGGCACAUCUCAGCAGCUAUGAUCAUAGCCACAAGCAACGUCUCAAGGAUAUGAAGGCCAUGGUGCGCGAUUCUAACGCUGGCGCCCGGGCCAGAAAAGCCGAGGCAAAGGCCGAUGGACUUGUCAGUAUCAAACUCGCCUCGACAGAUCAAUCGCAACAGCCUACCAGUACAGGUGGCUUUAAGAAGGGGGGUUUCAAGAAAUCAGGCUUCAAAUCAGCCUUUACAACUCCUGACUCACUUACCGGGCCGGAUGUCACAAAGUCGAAAGCCGGUGAAGCUCUCGAAGCCGACAGGUUCGCUGCCACUCAAGGACGAGGUGGUGAGGUGGAAAGCGAUACGGAUGACGAGGGCUACGAAGUCUACGACCCAAGGCACCCCACAUGCUGA